GUUUUUCUCUGUGCCUCGCCACGCCGCGCUGCUACUUUAGCCGCUGUUGUUUUUGUUCUUGCUGCACGCGCUUCUGCCGGCGCAACUAAUUCGAUUUAUUUAUAAAUGCAAAAAUUCCUACAAGCGUUUAAAAUAUUUCUCUUCCUAAACUAAAAUGCAAGGAAAUUAAACAAGUCGGUGUGUGUGUGUUUGUGUGCCGAGUGACCUUCGUGCAAUCACUUUCAAUUAGACCGAGCGGACAGCGUGCGAGGCAGAAAGCAGGUCCUGCGAUAAUGCAAUCAGAUCGCCCGAGUGUGUGUGUUCGUCCGUGAAGGCAGCAGGAAAGCAGCGGCAGUGGAGGAAGAAGAAGCAGCGAAAGCAGUGGAAACCAUUAUCAGUCUCUAGUCAACAAAGCAGACCAAAUGAGCACGCACUUUGCGACUAACAAGCAGCACAAACUAAGCCAAAAAUAAAGAUAAAGAUAAGCGGCAAAGAGGAGCGCCGAAGGAGAGGAGGAGACAGCACUCACAUACUUGUGCACUGAAAGAAAAGAAGGAAAUAAACACCGGCAGCAAGAUGCGGGUCGUGGCCAUGGUCAGCGGCGGCAAGGAUAGCUGCUACAACAUGAUGCAGUGCGUCGCCGAGGGCCACGAGAUCGUCGCCCUGGCCAAUCUGCAUCCCAAGGACAGAGACGAGCUGGAUAGCUUCAUGUACCAGACGGUCGGCCACAUGGGCAUCGAAAUUCUGGCCAGUGCCAUGGGACUGCCGCUGUAUCGGCGAGAGACCAAGGGCAAGAGCACCCAGACCGGCAAGCAGUACGUGCCCACCGACGAUGACGAGGUCGAGGAUCUAUACAGUCUGUUGGAGACAUGCAAGCACGAACUGCAGGUGGAGGCGGUGGCCGUGGGCGCCAUCCUAUCGGAUUACCAGCGCGUCCGCGUGGAGAACGUGUGCAGCCGCCUGAACCUGAUAUCCCUGGCCUACCUGUGGAGGAGAGAUCAGACUGAACUGCUGCAGGAGAUGAUUGACUGCCAGGUGCAUGCCAUCAUUAUAAAGGUGGCUGCCCUGGGCCUAGUCCCGGAUCGUCACCUGGGCAAGUCGCUGCGCGAGAUGCAGCCGCAUCUGCUCAAGAUGCGCGACAAGUACGGCCUGAAUGUUUGCGGCGAGGGCGGCGAGUAUGAGACCUUCACCCUGGACUGCCCGCUCUUCCGCCAGCGCAUCGCUGUCGAGGACAUUCAGACCAUUAUUAGCAGCGCCGAUCCCAUUUGCCCAGUGGGCUACAUCAACUUUACCAAGCUGACGCUGCAGCCAAAGGAGGCAUCAGGAUGCGGUGCAGCCAGUGUCGUUGUCGGCGGCGGUGGUAGUGGUGGCGGCGGUGGCGAUGUGGUAUUCGUUAAACGUUCGCUCGACUACAUCAGCGAUCUCAACGAGUCGACGUACAGUGACCUCAGUGAUCCGGAUUUCAGUGAAACGGAACUGGAGCUAAUCGAGAAGGAGACGCGGCUGCGUGAAUCUCUUAGCCAGAGUGAACUUAUAUCGCGCAGCAACUCCUUUGGCCGCCAUUUGGCUGCCGCUGCCGCCACCACCACCACCGCCUCCUCCUCGCCCAUACCCAUUGUCACGAAGAGCGCCAGCGUCGACGAGCCCACAGCGGCGGCGGCGCCGCCAGUGCUGGGAGCACCCACAAGUUCCACAUCCGCCUGUGCAUCAAUGCUGCUAACCACCGGCGAUGGCGGCUCGCAGAGUCAAGGCGGUGGCCAUCAUUAUGGUCUGGGCAGCAGCACCGCCGCCGUUUGCGGCUCGCUGUCGCUGGCCAUCUCCUCGCUUGGGCUAAGCGCCACCAAUACCUGCUGUCAACCGGGCACUGGAACGGGAGGAACAGGAGCCACACAGCCGCCCAGUCCGCUGACAUACGAGCGCGAAUUCCGUCCACUGGCCAACGAGGCCAAAGCGGCCAUAAAUGCCAAGGGCUGGAUGUGGCUAGCAGGCAUACAGGGUAGCGGCACCGAGGGCAUGGAGCAGGGCAUGCAGCUGGCCCUGGACACGCUGCGCGAUCUCUGCCAGUCGAAGGGCUAUGAGCUCCAGGAUCUGUGCUACAUCACUCUGUAUGUCCGCUCCAUUGCCGAAUAUCCUGCACUGAAUCGGAUUUACUUGCGUUCCUUUGACUUUCACAAUCCGCCGACGCGGGUCUGUGUCGAGUGCCCGCUGCCCGAUGGCUGUCAUGUGGUGAUGGAGGCCAUUGCCUAUCGCCAGCCCGUGGCGGGCACGAUAUCCAGUGCUGAGGAGCGAGAUCGUGAGGGCGAGGAAACGGCUGCGGCAUUACUAAAUGGUCGACGGAACACGAUGCAUGUCCAGGGUAUAUCGCACUGGGCGCCGGCCAAUAUCGGACCCUACAGCCAGUCCACCAGGAUUGGCGAUAUAACCUACAUCUCCGGCCAGAUUGCCUUGGUGCCCGGCAGCAUGACCAUCAUCGAGGGCGGCAUUCGGCCGCAGUGCAAGCUUACCCUACGCCACAUCAGUCGCAUUGCCAAGGCCAUGAAUGCCCAUGGCCAGCUGAGGGAUGUGGUCCAUGGCAUUUGCUUCGUUACCCAUCCAGCUUUUAUUGGAGAGGCGCGCCGGCAGUGGGAACGCCGUACGACCAAUGCCAUUAUGGACUAUAUUGUGCUGCCGGCUCUGCCUCGAGAGGCUCUGGUCGAGUGGCAAGUGUGGGCCCACACCCACAACGAUCGUUUCGACUAUGAGGAAACUGGCUGCUCGGUGGGCGACUAUACAAUUGCCAUACGACGACGCUGGAACUAUGAGAACAAUUGCGCUGCCAUCGUUUGCUAUGUCUCCACUGGCCUGGCCUCGUCCACCACUCAGCUGACGCAGCUGAGCGAUGACAUUUUGGGCAAUCACUGCCGCCUGGCGCAGUCAGUUAGCGCCGAGCAUAUGGACGAGAUACUUACAUAUGUGGUGAAUCGUCUGCUCAAGGAUUAUCCGCUGGCUAAAAAGCACCAGCAGCAGCAGCAGGUGACAGAGGAGGCGGCUGCAAUUGGGGAAGCCUCUGGUGGCGGGGAUCAACCACAACAACAGCAGCAGCAGCCACUGCCGGCUAUACACCUGAAGCUCUUCUAUCAGGUGAAUGCCGCUCCGGCCACGGAUCUGCUGCUUCAGGCGCUGAACGAUUUUCGGGUCAAGUGCCAGGAGACGGCGGCCAUUGUCUACACGGUUUUGCCUGCCUGCAGUUUGCACAACUUCAGUACGUUCCUGUCCAUAUGCGGGGUGAGGCACGAGUAGGAGGAGGAGGAGGAGCAUCAGGAGAUUACACAAACAAUUUGCUGCCAGCGCACCGAGCAGAACACUGAUAUUAUAUAUGUGUAUAUAUAUAUAUAUAUAUAUAUGUACCAAACACAUACACACCUCUAUAUAUGUAUAUGCAUAUAUAAAUCGCAGGGGAAAAAGAGUAAUUUCGGGAUAAGUUCCAGUUUAUUUUUUUAUUUGUAAAAUUUAAAAUGCACAAAGAUUGCUUUAAUUAAUUAAAUUAGCAAAAAGUAAUUGUUUUUCUAUUUAAAAAAUGGAAAACUCAAAAUGAAAUUUAUUAUAAAUAAUGUCCUGGAUAUUAUCCUUAGAUUAUUUCAACAUUCUGCCCAAGAUUAUUAUUAUUACAAUGUAUAAAAGCUAUAGCUAAACACAUACAUAUAUAUAUAUAUAUAUAUUUUGUUAACUAGCAAAGAGAUGCUGCAGAGCAUCCAGCCUAUGCAUUAGCACACUUUGUGUCGCAGUUUCGGACCAAAAAUGAACUCAACACACACACAUACACACAGCAACGGAUCUAUGUACGCAACUCAAGUGUUUCAGCAUAAACUAUGAAAACUACAACUAAAACUAAACAAAUUCAAUUUAUAUAAAUUAUCCGUGUAUAUAAACGAUGAAAGCAAAACCAAUUUUUUGUGUGCACUCUAUUGCGCAAAACUGUAACUAUAUACUCUUAUACAAAACUAUUAACUAUUAAUCGUUUUUCGAUGUGAUUUUUCUUUAUGCUCCAAAUUUUUUAUAACUAUAUAUAUACCAUAUAUAUAUAUGUAUAUGUAAAUCUCAGCGAUUAUUGUUCAUUUUUUCACACAAAAAAAAACAUACACACGUUUUGAGCUUUAAAAAAUUAUUGUAAAACAUAAGAAAACCCGAAAAAAGAGGGCGGAAACUGAAAAUGCUGUCUGGAAAAUCUAUUGAAAGGAAACCCCUUAGAGGAAUUUCCAAGCCCCGUAAAAUUCAACCGAAAGCGAUCUUCUUUUAGAUAUUGAAAUAAGAGAGAUUAUUAAAGUUGUGUGUUGCAACAACACCUGUCCAUAGUUUUUUCUGCACAAAAAAACACACACACACAUACUUUGGUUGGAUACUUUUUUAAUGUCAAGUUUAAAUAGAGUAAAGCUAACAACAAAUAUCGAAGGGACGCUGAGCGGAGGAACGAUACAAAAACAAAAACAAGAUUAUUACAUGCUAUUAUGUAUUGUUAUGAAAAAAAAAGAAAUAUAUAUAUAUAUUGAUAUUGAUAUUGAUUGUCAUUAUAAAAGUCGAGAAAACCAAAGAAAAACCAGCUA